GGAAACUGUAUUUCUGAACUGAGAAGGCUAUAUAUAGCUAUAAAGUACAAGGCGCUCCACAACAUAACCAAUCUGUUGGGAGGAAGGAAAGAUGGCAAACAGUCAGACUCAGGAGCAAGAACAACAACAAUCGACGACUAAUACUACUAAUACUACUAGCUUCUUAGCUUCACCACCACUCAAAGCAAGACAAUCCCAAUCACCAACAAGAAUCCAAUCACCCUCACCACAUCGACUAACGCAACAGCAGAGAGAUCCAACACCAAAGGGUCUCAACAGAACCUCAACCAACUCAUCAUCCUCCCAUACUCAUCAAAGAGUCCAUCGAUCAACCUCAACCUCAAACAAGAAAUCUCCCGUCAUCUUCCCUCAUCACUCAAAAUCUUCGGCUCACUCAUCCCCUCGAGCUAAUCAAUCCUCACUCUCAAGAACUUCUUCCUUGCAUUCCACCUUCAGUGAGGCUGCGUACAGAUCGAGCAACUGCAACAGUCCCACCGGCAGCUCUCAACCCUUAUCAAACAUCGGCUCACCCCGGAUCGAAUAUCACCGCCAAUGCGGCAAUCACUAAUCCGAAUAAUUCCAACGCAUUCAGCUCAAACAAGAAGAAAUCUUCCAGGCAUCCUUCCUUCUCCUACCAUGGUCUCGAAGGUAAAGGGAGCACAGGUUCUCAGGUCCAAAAACCUGAUUACAGUGAGGCUAAGAUCGUAGUCGCAAUGGUUGGUCUACCGGCUCGCGGAAAAUCUUACUUGAGUAACAAACUACAGAGAUAUUUGAAAUGGUUAGAGUUUAGUGUCAGGGUUUUCAACGUAGGCCAACACAGAAGAGAAAAGUUUAAGAAAAUGGCACAAGAAUUAGGCCUGAAAGAAGAUCAAUCUGCCAAUUUUUUCGAUCCCAAUAAUGCAUCCGCAAGACAAACUCGAGAACAAUUAGCUGCUGAUUGCUUAGAAAGCUUGAUAGCUUGGUUGAAGGCUGGUGGAAAUGUAGGGAUACAUGAUGCAACCAACACGACCAAAGCGAGAAGAAAUGCAAUAGUAGAAAGGGUCAAGAAGGAGAAAGGUAUCAGUUUGAUCUUCUUAGAAUCGAUCUGCACCGAUCCAGCGGUCAUCGAAGCGAAUGUCGACGUCAAAGUAGCCUCAGGAGAUCCAGAUUAUGAUGGUCAACCUAAAGAGAACGCAAAGGCUGACUUCCUCAAACGGAUUGCUCAUUAUGAAGCUAAUUAUGAGACCGUCGACGAGCCUGAAUUGAGCUUCUGUAAGGUCGUUAACGUCGGCUAUGAGGUCACUGUUAAUCGGAUUGACAAUUAUUUAGCCUCUAGGGUCGCAUUUUAUUUGAUGAACUUGCACAUCUCCCCCAGAUCAAUUUUCUUUACUCGCCAUGGCGAAUCUCAAUACAAUGUAGAGGGUAAAAUUGGAGGUGAUUCUCAAUUAUCGGAACGAGGCAUGGAGUAUGCAAAAGCAUUGCCUAAGUUGAUCGCGGAUGCGAUUGGUGGUACGCCGUUGACUGUUUGGACUUCAACUCUGAAAAGGACAAUUCAAACCGCACGCGAUUUACCGUAUCCUAAACUUACUUGGAAGAGUUUAGAUGAGUUGGAUGCAGGAGUGUGUGAUGGAAUGACGUAUGAAGAAAUAGAAGAACAUUAUCCGGAAGAUUAUGCGGAACGAGAUGAUGAUAAAUUUAAUUAUCGUUACCGAGGUGGAGAGAGUUAUCGAGAUGUAGUGGUUAGAUUAGAACCGGUGAUUAUGGAGCUUGAAAGACAAGAGAACAUCUUGAUUGUUUGCCAUCAGGCCGUUUUGAGGUGUCUCUAUGCUUACUUUCACAACUUUAGUCAAGAUGAAUUACCAUAUCUCAAGAUUCCCUUACAUACGGUGAUUAAGCUGACUCCGAAGGCGUAUGGCUGCGAUGAAGAGAGAUUCACUUUGCCAAUCGAAGCAGUUGAUACGACUAGGCCUAAACCUGUCAAAGCUGGGUACACCCCACCACUUCCAAAUGUUAAUGAUAGCCCUUCUCCAAGUACUAGACCUCCUCCUAAAGCCUCUAAACCUUGAUUCUAACAAGUAUCAUACUCAAAUUAUUAAAACACAAGAAAAUAGGCUCUCUUUUUUCAUCUUCUAAUGAACAUCAAUUGUUUCCUCUAUUUUUUCAAGAAAACCUGUAUAUUAUAGUCCUGCAUACAUAGAAUUUUUUCUUUUAGUUCAACUGACCUUCCUUUUCUUAUUUUUUAUAUGGUUUAUGGUGUGACAGUGAUGAGUAGACAAACAGAGGAUGAUGUCAAGAGAAAAGAUCAUGUUAUUUCUUUUUUUUGCUGGUACUGACUAGUCAGACCUCAUAGAUCGUAUGUAUGUACUCAUGAUGCAUAGAUGUUGAUAUAUAUUGUGGGCACAUUUGUUGUAGGUGGGAAGGUUUUGUAGUACCUGCUGCCCUUAUGACUGAUGUUUUUCAGGCUUUCUUCCAGCCCUGGAAUGGAAAGUGAUUGUGAA